GUUGACCCAGAAAAUAGGCAGUCGUUUCAAGAUCUGAUGCGGCAGUCUUUGUGCACACCGUCCCCGCUUGAGCAUGAAGCGUAACCCUGUGGAAUACAUACUGUAAUUCAGUGGAGAUUUCAGCCUUUGCAGAGGGGAGACUGCUUUAUAAAGACGGAGCCGAGGCAAAGUCGCGCAACUUUGUUUAAACGUAGCGGAUACGGACAGGAGGCAUGGCAGACCAUCUGAUGAUGCCCAUGAAUCACAGCUCAGCGGGCGCCAGUCUCCACGGUUACAGGAUGGGCAUGAAUGGCGGCCUGCAGGCAGGUCACCAGCAGCAUGCCAACCAGCAGGGCAUGCGGGCGCUGCCCAAUGGACAGAUGAUGCACUACGGCGGCGCCCAAGCCAACAUGGAGAACGCAAUGAGGCAGCGGCAGGGCAUGGUGGGCGGACCCAUGAAUGGACAGUUGAACGGGGCCCAGAUGGGUCACCACCAGAUGACCUCUGGUAACAUGAUGUACAAUGGCCAACCACAGCAACAGCAGCAUCACCCUCAGCAGCAACAACACAUGCACCUACAGCAGCACCAGCAGCAAGGCCAGCACCCACAGCAGCAGCAACAGCAGUUCAUGAAUGGAGGCUUAACGUCCCAGCAGCUCAUGGCGAGCAUGCAGCUGCAGAAACUUAACACCCAGUACCAUGGACACCCACUGGGGCCUAUGGGUGGGAACCACAUGGGACCUGCCGCCCAGUACCGCAUGAACCCAGCCCAGCUGGCUAACAUGCAGCACAUGGCCGGACCAGCUCUGGCUCUGAAUGGCAUGGAUGCUGAUAUGAUUGAUGAGGAGGUUCUGACCUCACUUGUAAUGGAGCUGGGUUUGGACCGGGUCCAGGAGCUGCCUGAACUCUUCCUGGGUCAGAAUGAGUUUGACUUUAUCUCGGACUUUGUCAGCAAACAGCAGCCGAGCACUGUUAGCUGCUGAGAGGAUCUUAUUGACAGGGGAGCACAACUGGAGACAGGAGAGAGAGUGAAAUGUCCGGGAUAGAUGAAGAGCGCUCAUCUCUUCCCUUUUUCUUUAGCUGGCACCUCCAUGUUCAACUGAAGUUGCAAUGCGGGGUGCACGGACGAGAACUCUGGAUAUCCACAGGGAACACAUAGCGUCUCACAUGUGGCCAGGGGAUGGCUGGCUUUAAAGGCCUGGCUCCGCCUCUCUUAUUGCCUGGACAUGAAUGUACUACAGAAAUGCUGAAAUUCCUAAAAAGCCACUCUGAACAAUGCUAUGACACUGUGUAGCCUCCAAGUCUGGACUCCAUGACAGUUUACCAGUAAAAAGGUGUAUUUAUUUAUUCCUACCUGAGAAAACUGAUAGAAAGAACAGCCACCUUCUCUGCUUUGAAUACCAAGUGGUUUUAAUUUUAUUCUCCAGAGUAGGAUGGGAGAGAAAUUUAAAUUUAAUAUCUCCACUCAUUAAUGAUUUUUGUUCCCAUUCUUUCUGGUCUAGCAUUAAAAAUAAGCUCAGACGGCGAAGAUCAAGAAAUGACAGAAGUACAAUGUUAUUUUAUUUAAAUGGGAGUCUCAUCCAGAUCUUAAAAAUGGUUCACUUUGUUUGUAAAGUGCUGCCUUUUUAGAUGUGAUGUUCUAAAAAACCUACUGCUUGUACUGUAUGAAGCUGUAAAACUCCAACAUGUCCACACUGUUGUGUUCUAUUGGAGAUGUAGAACCGCCUUAAUCGCGCAGAUUCUUAUUUAUUGGUUGUUUAUAUUGUCCCCUCCUUUUUUGUGGUCAAGAUUGGGGGGGAUGGUUCUUUGUGAAAGGGGUUGUUGAGGAUCAAUAAAGAUGGCCUGGAUA